AUGGGCGCCGUCCAUGUCCUAGACAACUACUACCUAGCCAUCACCCUCCUCAUCACCAUCGCCUACCAGCUCUUCUUCUUCUCCAUCGCAUUCACAUUCAAAUUCGACAAACUCACCGACUUCGCUGGAGGAACCAACUUUGUCCUUCUUGCUAUCCUCACCCUUGCAUUCAGCGAUGCCAGAGACAAUGCACGCAACAUUGUCGUGUCCGUGUUCAUCAUGGUCUGGGGAGCACGAUUGUCCGCAUUCCUACUAUUCCGAAUCUUGAAGACCGGCAAAGACGAUCGCUUUGACGACAAGCGCGACAAGUUUUGGUCUUUCCUUGGCUUCUGGGUGUUUCAGAUGAUAUGGGUGUGGGUUGUUUCCUUACCAGUGACACUGCUCAACUCGCCAAACGUCACUCAGUACGGUCAGCCUAGUUUUGGAACGGGGCGUGACAUUGCGGGCGUGGUGUUGUAUUCCAUUGGCCUGCUCAUGGAGAGCGUGUCCGACAUCCAGAAGUACAGGUUCCGUAGCGCGCACGGAAGCGACGGGGCGGUUUGCAGUGUUGGAUUGUUCGCGUGGUCGAGGCAUCCAAACUAUUUUGGAGAGAUCAUCAUCCAGUUCUCAAUCUUCAUGAUUGCAGUAACGCCAGCAGCACAUGGCUACACCAAAGGCGGUGCAUAUGCCGCUCUAUACUCAUCCAUACUUGGACCUUUCCUCCUAACUGCUCUGCUCAUGUUUCUCUCCGGACUGCCAUUGCAGGAGAGACCUGGUGCAAAGAAGAGAUACGAAAAGGGUAACCGAUGGGAAGAGUACCGACGCUGGCUUAAUCGAACCAGCAUCCUUAUUCCUUUCCCUCCUCAACUGUACGAGAAGAUGCCAGUGUUCCUAAAGCGAACCAUCUUCCUGGAGUUCCCGAUCUACGUCUUUGAUCCCGCGAAACAUGCUGAUCAGAGUAAAGUGCAAGCGUCGACUGCAGAGGAAGGGAGGGCGAGACCCAGUGAUGAGGAGGGCCUUCGGUCGUGA